UAGUUAGUCAGCAAGGUGCGUUGCCAUAGUUACCCAUGAGAGAGGGCGAGCUUUACUCACGUGAUCCAGCAAGAUGGCGACCACAAUGUAGAAUGGAUGUGAAUGAUUUCAACUAAGUGGAUCCGUUUUGCGGGAAAUUUGGAUCUGCUGGUUAAUCAGUCAUCAUAUGAGAACCAAGAUGGCUCUAAAUGUCUUUGAUCAUGAUGAAUACAGGCCACCGGUGUGGAAGUCCUACUUGUACCAGCUCCAGCAGGAGGCACCCCACCCACGCAGAGUCACCUGCACCCGUGAGGUGGACAACCGACCUAAAUACUACGGGAGAGAGUACCACGGGAUGAUCUCAAGAGAAGAGGCUGACAACUUACUGAGUCAGGCUGAAGGCAGCUACCUCAUCAGAGAGAGUCAGAGACAGCCGGGCACAUACACACUGGCAUUAAGGUUUGGGAACCAGACUAGAAACUUCCGCCUCUACCAUGAUGGAAAGCACUUUGUUGGAGAGAAGAGGUUCGAGUCCAUCCAUGACCUGGUCACAGAUGGUCUUAUCACACUCUACAUUGAGACAAAGGCAGCGGAGUAUAUUGCUAAGAUGACCAUAAACCCUAUUUAUGAACAUGUGGGCUACACCACCCUGAACCAAGAACCCACCCUGAAGAAACAUCUAGCACACAGCUCAGACGCCACAGACGGACCUGCUUCAGCCAAAGAUGACUGCAACACUGAGGAGAGGCUAACAUCGCUGGUGCGGCGGGCCACCCUGAGGGAAAGCGACUUGGCGCCCAAGUAUGAGAAGGUCCACAACUUCAAGGUUCACACAUUCAGGGGUCCCCACUGGUGUGAGUACUGCGCCAACUUCAUGUGGGGUCUCAUCGCUCAGGGAGUGAAGUGCGCAGACUGUGGGUUGAAUGUCCAUAAACAGUGCUCCAAAGUGGUGCCGAACGACUGCCAGCCGGACCUGCGGCACGUCAAGAAGGUGUACAGCUGCGACCUGACUACUCUGGUCAAAGCCCACAACACUAAGAGACCUAUGGUGGUGGACAUGUGCAUACAGGAAAUCGAGGCUAGAGGUCUUCAGUCAGAGGGUUUGUACAGAAUAUCAGGCUUCAGUGAGCUGAUAGAAGAUGUCAAACUGGCCUUUGACAGAGAUGGAGAAAAAGCAGAUAUUUCCUCAAAUGCUUAUGAGGACAUCAACAUCAUCACCGGAGCCCUAAAACUGUACUUCAGAGAGCUGCCAAUCCCGCUCAUCACAUACGAUGCCUACCCACGCUUCAUAGAAACUGCAAAGAUUACAGACCCAGAAAAACGGCUGGAGUCUCUCCACGAGGCCUUGAAGUUGCUGCCGCCAGCUCACUGCGAGACGAUGCGAUACCUCAUGGCUCACCUCAAGAGGGUGACCGAGUAUGAGAAGGAGAACCUCAUGACCAGCGAGAACCUGGGCAUUGUCUUCGGCCCGACACUGAUGAGGGCCCCUGAGCUGGAUGCCAUGACAGCGCUCAACGACAUCCGAUACCAGAGACUGGUGGUGGAAACACUCAUUACCAAUGAAGAUGUGUUGUUCUGAGUGAGGACAGGAAGGAUGCAAUGCAUUUUCCUACUGUGGGGAGAUGAGCUGUUGACUUUUACAAUUAAAUGAAGGAGAAACAUGUGGGAUACCUGGAACCUAGAGAGAGGGCAGUGCCUGUUUUUAUGUGAAGAAAGGAUAAAUGAAGGAAGUGACUAUUUGCAAGGAAGAAAUGAAUUAAAAAACAAUGGAGACUCUAAAAACACUGAGGGGAGAAGUAGAUGGAGGGAUGCAGUAUUUCCCUUCAUUAGUCAGACUCACCCAACAAACUUGAUACUUCCACAGACGAUCCACAGUUUGUAAUGUUAUAACUGCACAACAACUAAAAGAAAUACUGGAAAUGUCCACCCUUACUUGACAGAAAUAAAGAGCUAUUACCUCUUGAUGAGUUGGGUGAAGAAUACUGGCAUGUCAGCAACACUGCUUUGUCUGUGUAGGGGAAACACUGUGGGAUCCAUUUGUUCGUUACUAACUUCUCUGUCUGAAAUGGAUGCCUCGACAUUUUUAUUUUUAUUUUUUUGGCGUCAGACUCAAUUGAAGUCUUGCUGCUGGGGGGAUCAUUCCUCGCAGUAGAACUUAAGUGGCUUGGACCUGUUGUGUUUUCUUUACUUUACACCUCCCUCUUCUGCUACAUUGACUGAAGAGUAAUUCUUUAGUAAUUCAUUUUUAGUUGUUAACAUAGAUUGACCCCUUUUCAUAUCAUAUCAUAAAGCUUUACAGGUUUGUUGGUGUGUAAUUAUACCCAGUAAUGGAACUGAUGAAGCUGUAAAUUAAAUGAUAACUUCAUUAUCAUUGUUGCUGAACCAAUCCUGUGUUCUCUCACUUCUCCACCCGCCAGCCAUCCCUCUGAAGGUGAAAACCUCUUGGAAAAUGACACUUAAAAUUCAGUGUCAUGUGGUCCACUUAAAGGCAAAGUUAGCGAUCAUACAAAUCUCCCUAAAAUGAGGCCUUUUCUAGUUCAGAAUUGGAGCUUUAAACUGGAAUACAGUGUCCUUUUUUGCCAGGCAUUCACAUUUAAAUCUUUUUUACUAAUAGACAAGACAAAUUCAACACAGACUGUCUGGCAGCUUUUAUUUAUUUCAGAUCAGAUUUACAGAGCUUUCGUUUUCACCUCAGUGGCAGAUGGUGAAGAGAAGAACACGUCAGAAGUGACUUGAAACAUGAUUAUUUGAAACAGAUUUUUCUUUGCGCUAUCAUUUGUAGAAUGCAGUAUUGUAACUAAGCAGAUUUUGUGCUCAAAAUGCUAAUUGAAAUUCUUGAGUGAUCACCUGGGUGCAAUUGAGCAAAGUAGAACACAUGAAUCAUUUCAUGACUUGUCUGUGUUGUUGGUUUGAGUGAGAUGAUUGAGCAACAGUACUGUCACCAGCAGGUUUGGUGCUAGGUUAUUCAUCCCAUCCUAAGAGCUAAAGCAAAGAAGCUCAAUAAAACAAAAAAAUGUUAGUUACUGAAAAGCAGUGUAAGUACAGUGGUGUUGGUACUUCCUUUUUUCACUGUGCUAGUCCACAAUGAGGCCAUGUUUUGGCUCUGUCAACAUGUUUGGAAAGAAGAUAUAUCUGCUGUUUUUUUCUUAUCCGGCUGCUACCAUUUAAUAGCAUUCACACAAGUAAAGAAGACCAGUUGUGGGAAUUUUAGAACUUUUUGACUUGUUUUCAUCUUUCCACAGACAGCGAAAACCUGAGAAAAUGUGAUACCUGAAUACAAAUUAGUGUAAUAUCUUACAGAUAUGUGAAGAUCAGGUACAGGCUAAACAUUGCAUAUUGAGAGGCCUGCUGUAAUGUUUUGACAGUGCUCUGAUAUGAUGAACACAGUGUUGUAGGAUGAUGAUUGUAAUCAUUUGUAAUAUGAAGGAGAGUAUUUGUCAUGUUUUAUUUUCUCUUUUAAAACUAGUGCCAUUUGAAAGGGUGGAGAUGUAGAAUAGAUGCCUUCUGCAUGGAGCCCUCCUCAGCUAACACACACUGAACCCUUUCUUCAUCUUUUUCUACCCCCAUUUCUGUCGGGGGUCACUGAUAUACUUCCUAGUACGCUCUAUUGGCAAAGCAGUGACAACCCACCGGUGGUUAGGGUUAUGAAAAUCAAGCGCAGCCAAUGCUGAGCUGGUUGUAAAUCAAAUGGAUGUAAUAUAAAAGCAACACCAUUUUUCUUACAAACCUUGGUUAUGCUUUGGUUUUUCGUGUGCUAUUUAUCUGAACUGUUUUUGGUGAUCUUUGUUGUUCAUUUCUGAUUUAACAAUGGACUAACCCAGUGACAACUUGUGAGCCUUAAGUGGUCUAUGACACUUGCAUUUUGGCAUCAUGGAAUGUCAUUUCUUUAUUAUUGUCAUUGCUGUAAAUAAUUUUCUAAAUGGUGUAUGCAUGGUGUCUGUGCAGAUUCUCAGUCAACCAGGUCAUAGUAAGCUGAAACAACUUAGAAAAAAUCAACUGGACUUAG